CCCAGCGUGCGGACCCGAGGCGGUCACGCUCCGGCCUCCCUCGCCCGCCGCCAGCCGAGCCAGGCGGGAGCUACGCACGCCUGUUGGUUCUGCGGUCACCCUCCCGAGUACGAGCCGUCCAGAAGAUCAGGCCGUCGGCAAUGUUUUAUUUCCACUGUCCACCACAACUGGAGGGCACUGCGCCCUUUGGCAACCACUCUACAGGAGAUUUUGACGAUGGGUUUCUGCGCAGAAAACAGCGCCGGAACCGGACAACAUUCACCCUUCAGCAGCUGGAAGCUCUUGAGGCAGUUUUCGCCCAAACUCACUACCCCGAUGUCUUCACCCGAGAAGAGCUGGCCAUGAAAAUCAACCUCACGGAAGCCCGAGUGCAGGUUUGGUUCCAGAACCGAAGGGCCAAAUGGAGGAAAACAGAGAGAGGGGCCUCUGACCAGGAGCCAGGAGCCAAGGAGCCCAUGGCAGAGGUGACGCCACCACCUGUGAGGAACGUCAAUUCCCCAUCCCCUGGAGACCAGGCCCGGAGCAAGAAGGAGACCCUGGAGGCCCAGCAGAGCCUGGGGCGCACUGUGGCUCCCACAGGACCUUUCUUUCCCUCCUGCUUGCCGGGGACCCUUCUGAAUACGGCCACAUACGCCCAGGCCCUGUCACAUGUUGCUUCCCUGAAAGGGGGCCCGCUGUGCUCUUGCUGCGUCCCAGACCCCAUGGGGCUCUCCUUUCUCCCCACCUACGGCUGCCAGAGUAACCGCACGGCCAGCGUGGCCGCCCUGCGCAUGAAGGCUCGCGAGCACUCGGAGGCCGUCCUGCAGUCAGCCAACCUCCUGCCAUCCGCCAGCGGCAGCCCCAGCCCUGUGGCCAAGCCGGCGCCCCCCGAUGGCAGCCAGGACAAGACCCCUUCUGCCAAGGAACAGAGCGAGGGGGAGAAGAGUGUAUGAGGUCCACAGUGCCCAAGCCCGGCGCCCAUCCCCGCCCCCUGCUUCUCCCAGCCUUAGCCCUGUGGAAAACUCAAGAGAGCAAGGAGAAGCCUGCUGCCCUAGAGCUUCCUCUGGGACAGGAAGAGAGAGAGACCCACAGCUCCCUUGGUGUCUGGAGAGUGCCUCUGGAGUCCCACCAGCGGGCCUGUGUUGUCCUGGCUUCUUUGGUGACAGGUCCUGAUGGUACUGGUGACACCAGAGCUGACUCUGCGGUGAGACCUGUGGGGUUUCUCUCUGGGCCCAGAAGUCUCGGAGGGAAGUAGAGUCAUUCACCCUGUCACCUUCCUGUCCCUGGGUUGCCUUUGAAGAUCUUCUCAACCCAUAGGACUGUGGUAUGAUUCACCCUUGAGAGACACCCAGAGUUAAGUCUUGUGCUAUGAAAUGGAGCUAUCCCCAUUACACUGAGAACCAGGAAACUGGUGUAAUUUCAACCAACUCUUGUCCCCUCCAUCAAGUCUAACAGCUAUGCCCUCCUUUCUCUUGUUGGAAGAUACUGGCUGUGAGCUUGGGUGGGUUAGGAGGUGAGAGGAUGUAGGGUGGGGAGCGGCUGACAAGACACAGCCUGUCCCAGGGGUACAUGGUAGCUCUGUUCCAAGCAGUUCUGACUUGGCACUUCUGGCCAGACAGGCCGUCAGCUCCCAGCUCCAUGAAUUGGGGCUGCCAUCUUGACACUGCCAACAUGGAGGAAGUGUGGGCCCUCACAGCUGAAGUGCCAACCUGCAAGCCCUGCUUCUCUGACUAGACCUCUAGGUUGAUGGGAAGUUAGCAACUGGAAAGCAACACUUUGGUCCAGGGAAUGCUGAGGGCCCUUAGAGGAAGAAGAACCCCCCAGGAAUACCUCUGAAAUAAGUACGCGUUUGGAUGGACCAUUUUUCCUCAGUUCUCUGGCACAUGGAGGGAGCUCUCCAGCUGUGGUUUUUUUUUAACUGAAGAAAAAAAAAAGUGGGAAACAAGACGAGAAUGGCAUAUAUGCAGAAAUGCAGCAUGGGAAGAGCACUUCCUUGUGGUGUGAAGAGCGUUAAUUCCAAAGGGCCAAAUUUCAUAGAGAUUUCAUUUUUGGUCUAGUGUGUCUGUUUUCUCUCAUGUGGGUAGUAAACUUGAAGAGAUCAAAGGGAAACGUGCAAUAGCAUGAGCUUUGUCCUUCUGGGUGGGGUUUCUGGUGCCUGAAAGAUGGCAGUCUUUGAUGGCUUACUGUUGGUGUUUCCAUGCAAACCCUUACGGCUUUUAUGAUGAUUAUUUUCCUUUCAGUUAUCAUAAUCAAAAGGUUCUACCUUCAGAUCACCCUGCUUCCUUUUUACCCUCCCUGUAAAGACCCCCAAAUAAUACUCCUAAGUGUAUUGUGCCUCGUCUCUGAUUACCACAAAGCAUUUGAUAAAAUACACUGUCUCCUUAAAAAAAAAAAAAUCAAACCCUUCUUCCUGAUGUAUCUUGCUUGUUGAGUACCAAGAUGAAACGAUUUGCCAAAAAGCAGCAAAGUCGCUUCCGUUUCCCUGUAAUUACGAAUGUUGGGUCGAACGAUGUAAGCUCAAGCCCUUAUGUACACUAACUCUUCAAUCUAAUUGUUUGAUUAAACUCGUAUUUCCUCCAGAAAGGUACAUAAAUAAGUGAACUGUUGAGCAAAUUAAGAAUACUUAACAGCAUUGCAUCUGAAAAGUAGUUACGCUGAUUAAAUUUUGUGUCCUUGAGGACUUUCAGGAAAUUACUUUUGAUCGUCAAUAACACAAUUAAGUAAACUACACACACAUUAGCAUGAAUAAUUGAUAAGAAAUUAUGUAUUACCACGAAGCACUGAUUUAAUAAUUCAUGAUGAGACACUCUAGUGACUGUGCAAAACUGGAUAACAUCGAAAAGUCUGCCUGAUGUUACUGAAAAGAAAAGAAAAAAAAUAAGCACCAAACCUCUGCAGAGAUAUUGAGUACUUAGUUUUGUUGUACAAAGGCAAAAAGUAUCAAUGCAUGCUGUCAUU